GGUGGGCAGUGGGAUGCCACCAGGGUGGGCACAAGGACCCUCACAGGGGGUGCCCGGGGUCCCUCCUUGCCGUGGGGCCUCCUUGACGGUGCCACCUUCGUGCUGCCGUGCUGGGAGGACGGGGCUGGGCUGCGGCACAAGCGGGCAGUGCUGGCCGUGCUGCUGCACUUCCUUGAGACCUACAAGGGACUGCUGCAGGAGGAGGAGAGCGCCCCCCACCAGGAGCUCUAUCUGCUCAUCAUGAAGGACACAUCCCUCUACCGCGACCUGGAGGAUGAGAUUCUCAAGCUGCACCAGCUCGUGGAGACUGUGGAGCUCAAGGUGGCCGACGAGACGCCCCCCCCGAGCAAGCAGGUGAAGCCGCUCUUCAGGCACUUCCGCCCCAUCGUGGCGUUCCGUGGCUCCGACGAGAUCUUCUGCCGCGUGUACAUGAGUGGGCAAGAGGUCCGCCUGGGUGCUGACCCUCUGCCUGCAGAGAAAGCUGUGCUGCAGCCCAGUGAGGAGUGCGUCUUCACCACCCUGGGCAUCAACAGCCACCUCUUUGCCUGCACCAAGGACACCUUCGACUCGCUGGUGCCGCUGCCAGAGGAGAUCCAGGUAGUCCCAGGGGAUACAGAGAUCCACCGCGUGGAGCCAGAGGAUAUUGCCAAUCACCUCACUGCCUUCCACUGGGAGCUCUUCCGCUGCAUCCAUGAGCUGGAAUUUGUGGAUUACGUGUUCCACGGGGAACGGGGCCGCCGGGAAACGGCCAACCUGGAGCUGCUGCUGCAGCGCUGCAGCGAGGUGCAGCAC